AUGGGCGCGGGGCGCAAGCUGCAGAUCCACAGGCGCAACCAGCGGUGGGCGGACAAGGACUUCAAGAAGAGCCACCUGGGCAGCGAGUGGAAGAAGCCGUUCGCUGGCGCGUCGCACGCCAAGGGCAUCGUCUUGGAGAAGAUCGGCAUCGAGGCCAAGCAGCCCAACUCGGCCAUCCGCAAGUGCGCGCGCGUGCAGCUGAUCAAGAACGGCAAGAAGAUCGCAGCCUUUGUGCCCAUGGACGGCUGCCUGAACUUCAUCGAGGAGAACGACGAGGUGCUCAUCGCCGGGUUCGGCCGCCGCGGCCACGCUGUCGGCGAUAUCCCCGGUGUGCGCUUCAAGGUGGUAAAGGUGGCGGGUGUGUCGCUGCUGGCUCUGUUCAAGAGCAAGAAGGAGAAGCCGCGGUCGUGA